AUGGCAAGGCAGGUGAACUACCCUUGCACGGCGCUAGAGCGUGCCGGACGCGUGGAGUUGACGGGGCACGCAGUGGACGACUACCAGCGAUGCUUCUUCCUGCAGCUCGGGCGCCAGGAGGGCGGCGGGCUGCUAGAGCGCGCGAACCGCGCGAUGAGCGUCCGCACGGCGUCGUACCGCACCAACAGCGCGGUGCAGUUCUACGAUGUCGGGGCGCCGGACGCUGCGCGGCUGGCCGGGGCAGCUGGCGCGCGCAAGGAGCGGCGGACACUGGAAUGUUUCGAGUACCAGAUCCCGGACAUCACGCAGGGCGGCGAGGCGGGCGACGGACGGGGCUGGGACGGGCUGGCGGUGGAGGCGGGCAGCGUGAUCAAGGUGCUGGAACCGCGCGGGGCGGCCGCGCCGGACAUCAGCUUCCUGACGAAGAACCAGCAGUUCAAAUUGCACAAGAUGCACUACUCGGAGCAGGCGGGACACGUGAUCAACCCGAACAACGUGAUCCUCUGGGACUACAAGACGGGCUAUGUGUUUUUCACUGGCAUUUGGCGGCUGUACCAGGACGUGAUGCGCGGGAUGUGCAACUUGCCGCGCGUGGGCACGCGCGGCGAGGAGGAGAAUUCGCAGCAGCGGCAGUGGCAGUGCUACAAGGAGCUGGAGUACUCCUUGAAGGCCUGUCUCUACGAACCCUACGGCAGCAAGGUGCGCCCCGAGGCCGGCCACCGGCGCCAACGCCUGUCGUCGAGCCGCACUCCGCACACGUCCGCCUCGAACUGCUCCUCGGCGAGCAUCAACACCCACACCAGCUCGGCCGUGGCUAGCGGGUCGAGUUACACCGACGUCCACUGGAACCAGGUGGACCCCACAUGGAAACAGCGCUUGUGCAGGCUGUACCAACAGGAAAAAAAUUUGGACUUCACGCCGGAGUUUCAGGACUGCUAUAAGCGUAUACGCGGCGGUUACAUCAAAAUCCAGGGCACAUGGUUGCCCAUGGAGAUCUGCAAGCGGCUCUGCAUUCGGUUCUGCUUCCCCAUCCGCUAUUUCCUCGUACCUAUUUUUGGGGAGGGUUUUCUGCAGGAAUGUCAUAACUGGUACUUUACUCAUCGGCUAAAGCAGGACCUCUGUAGCAGCACUCUUUCUCCCCCUAUAGCAGAUGUGGCUCUGGCUGCAGUGGAGACAUCGUACACCUUGGUUACUGGCAAGGCAAUGGACUACGCUUCCAUAUCGCCGCGAUCAACCAGUAUACCGCAAACAGUCUUGCCGACAGUGAAGCAGGAAAGCUCAGACACAGAACUUCUUGACGCGUCGCAAAACCUCUUAGAUAUAUCAAGGCGCACUAGCCUCCAGAGCGACCACUAUGUUUCGCCCAAUACGCCCCCCUCCAUGUUGGCAGCCCCCACCUAUAGCCGUGCCUUUGUCAGGCAAGGAUCGGAGCGCUAUUCGCUGGAUUUGAACCCAUCAUGCCAGUUAAAGGGUGCGCACCGGGAUGGAAGACCGGUUGCAGGCUAUAAAGAACGCUCUUGUUCGUGGUCCUCUUCAACUUCUCCAUUAGGAUCUGUCCAGCGGCAAGAGUCUCUACCGCCCAUAUCAACGUUAAUCAAUUCCUUGCCAAACUUUAACCUCGAAGCCGCUGAAAUGCCCAAUAGUUUGGCCCUGGAGUAUAAAAAAGAGAGACAAGAGCUGCAGGCUAGUUUUUCUUCUUACCCGCGCACAAACUACCCCUCACAACUUCCUCUAAAUCACAUUUGCUCUAAUUUUAACGGAGGUAAGGCACCAGAUAGCCUUCAAAAACCGACAGCAUAUCACUCAUUUUCGCACCUGUUAGGCAUGCAAGAGCAAUCCGCGCAUAGUCCAGACACACCACAACUAAGGGCACGGAAAAUACCCACCGACGCGCCAGCAGGGGUCGGAUAUAGCUCGGUUGCACCCGAUUGGGCGACACUAUGUGCUGCUAGCGAAGCACUAUGUUCUUACACUGAGGGUGUGAGCAUAGGAUACAAUGAGAGGGCGUAA